CAACCCUAGACUUCUUCUUACAUGUCGUCCCUGACACUCUCCCCCGCGGUAACCCUAACACAACCCUAACACAACGCCUCCAAUUUUCAAGGGACCAUAACCCGCUUACCACCCUCAAAUUUGUAUGUAACCUCCCUGGGGUUAGAGGCACCGAAAAAUCUGACAGAGGAGGGUAUUACACCGCUGCCCUUUGGCUUCACAAACACCAUCCCAAAACCCUAGCAUGCAACGUGGAUUCAUUGGUCGUUUUUGGGUACUUCAAAGACUUGAUGGAGAUUCUUUCCCAGCUUGUCGAAGGACGCGAUGUUCGAACAAUAACGAAGUAAGAGAGGGAAGAAAUGAAACCUCCUAGAGCAGGCAUGUUUUGGAGGCGACAAGGGUGGGUUAAGGAAAGAAGUCCGUUAUCGAGGAAGGAGAGGAAAGAGAAGAAGAUUGACAUGGCGAACAAGGCAGUCGAACGAUACCAUCGAGACCCAGGUUACAAGUUCUUGCAUGAUCGUGUUUCAGACCUUUUUGCGGAUUUUCUCAACACCGAUAUUCAGAACUUGGAUUCUGGUGCCAAAUUUCUGACUCGUGAGAGAGAGAGAUUUGAGGACUACCUUGAAUCAGUGCGGGCCGGGAAGGCGAAGGUUGCGGCGGGUGCUUUGUUGUCGCAUCUGAUUAUAGCCUUAAUAUUGCAUGAUGACAAUGGAAACGAAGUGGCCGAGCUUCAGUGGAAGAGAAUGGUGAGUGACUUGGCCAAGAAAGGGAAGUUGAAGAAUUGUCUUGCAAUUUGCGAUGUUUCGGGAUCUAUGUGUGGUACUCCAAUGGAGGUGUCUGUGGCUCUUGGAAUAUUAGUCUCCGAAUUGAGUGACGAGCCAUGGAAAGGGAAGCUUAUUACAUUUAGCCCAAACCCAGAGCUCAGGACGAUUUACGCUCAAAGACGCAAUUCGUCGAACACAUGGACUGGCGACAUGGAGUUCGAUCAGGCCUCCGCAAAUGAUUGGGAGACAGAUGACCAGGCGAUAACAAGGAAAUUUAGAGAGAGACGUUAUGGGUCGUGUGUGCCGGAGAUUGUUUUUUGGAAUGUAAGAGACUCAAAUGCCACGCAUGUGGCUAAGAAUUAG